UUUGUGGGCGAAGCUUGUAUCUAUUCUUAGCUUUUACGACUGUUCUCUCGGAGUAGUUUUUAUUACUUUACACUGCACAAUGAAGGCUGAAUCCAAUUCGAUGUAAUCCAUUCCAGCUGUAAUAGGGAUGUACAUGAAGUACCUGAUGGUGUGGCAGCAGAACCGACACAUCCGUGACGAGCGCGUGGACACGGUGAAUCGGCUGAGCUGCAUCGCUGGCCUCGUCGUCUGCCUCGGAGGGCUUGUCGUGUCGUUGUCGCCAACGGGUCACCUGCGCAAGGAUUGCACCUGGUACUGGCCCAUGUUCGUACCUCACGUGAUUGGUGCCAUGAUGAUAUUCGGCGUCGGCUACACGACUACGCUCCUGCAUCUCUACCUACAUUACCUGACUGACGCACGCUGGAAGACGUCGCCACUGUUCUACACCAGAGCCCUGUUGUCUCUAGUCGGCAUCACCGCCAUGAUUAUCACAGGACUUAACUGGCUUAUGUUCGACAUUAGCCUCAUGACUCCGCCAAGUGGACGAGGAAAAGUGGUAAGGCGGCUUCUGCAUAUUAAUGUCCAUAUUAAUAUCAUUCAGCUGUCCGCAUUGUACACUCAGAAUUGGCGUAGUUUUGCAGCAAUAUAGUUUACAUGUUUUGGUGUUAUUAAUUUCGAAAAGAAGCGGCAAAUGCUACAUGCUGCGCAGCAUUUGCUGCGUACAUGCCGCGUGUUUUGUUCCGGCGUUUAAAGAAAGCCGGCGAAAUAUGAAAUAAAACCACGU